UUCACGGCCGACCAAAACAAAGCAAAUUAUAAAAUUGGUAGCAUCAGGUUGUUUUUAUAACCAAUCCUAUCUUUUUUUGUAAACUCUAGUUUAAUAUAGAAACGCUUUCCAUAAUCUGAUUAUGGAAUCCAAGCAUUAAUUAAAGAACACAAUGGACUACCAAUUGGACACAGAGAGUUAUUGGAAUCGGUCUUCAAGAGCUGCAUUCAGCUUCGACGAUGAGGACGAAGUGGAUCUUAGUACGGAGUUGGUCAGCAAUGGCAUUCUUGCGGACGAUACCAUUUCGGAGGCCAGUUUUGAUAACAGCGCCACACUGAAUCUCUCGAUUAAGUCCUUGCUUAGCGAGGAAGCCUUAAAAUUGGUGCUACAAGAACAAGCGCUCGAUGACCGGGUCCUGCCCAAAGGAGUUUCACCAGAAGAAGAGCUCAAAUUGCUUCGCCGCCAGCUCCAAAGCACUCUGUAUAGCCCCAAUUUGGAGGCCACUGCCCAGAAACUUCUGCAAGGUAAAUCAGCGCCACUGGAGAUGUUUAAAUCCCUGCACGAGAAACAACAAUUGCUGGACACUGUCCUGGCUCAAGGUGGGCAUGCGGUGAUAGCAGUGCUUCUAUUUCUUAAGAGGACCCUAAAUACACAACAAUUUCAUGGCAUCCUGCGGGAGCGGCCGAAAGCUUUAGAGCAGUACCUCAGUUACUUGCGUGAAUGUGGAGAUCUGAGCAGCCACAUAGACUUAUUGCAACGUUUCGGUCGACACCAAGAGGCAGCCCUUAAACAGUUCGAGGCAGCCCUAGCCUGUAAAGAUUCAAACACCAAGAAAAAUCAGCUGCAACGUUUGGUAGAUGCCUAUGCCACGGCGGGAGUGGGUAUUAUCCCCCUAUACGAGCAGAUUUUCCAUUCUGCUUUAAGCAUGCAGAAGCUCUUGGAAAAGGAGAACGGAUUAAGAAAAACACUUGGCGGCAGUCCAACGCCCAUCGAAGUACUCUACGCCUGUUGCCAAGCAAAUAGCAACUGGAAAGAGCAGGACAUGUCCAAGCCCCUGUCCCCGCAACGGUUCGCCUCUGAUCAGCAAAUCUCGCCAGCCCAGUAUGAGUGGACGGCCCUGAACGAAAGAGCUCAGGCUCAGGCUUAUGCAGACCUGGAGUGCAUUUUCGAGCGAGUGCCCAGCUGGCAUCCACUGAAGUCCAAACAGUUCCACAUAAGCUUUGACCUGGCGCUGGCUGUGAUACGGCUGUAUGAAUUGCAGGCUCCAUCGACAGUGCUGCAGUUGUUCCUUUCCAAGAUGGGCAAUAGUGUGGAGAAACUGGCGCUGGCGCAGCGUGUAAAGUGCAUCAAAGCUGUGAUUGAUGCCAUGGCAGGGCUAAAGCAGCAGCAGGAGCUGCAACAGCUGAAGGAUACUCUACCCGACCGAUCCGAGGAGCAGUUCUACUGUGAGAACGCACUGAAGUCGCUGCAAAGCAAACGUUGGACCACAGACAACAUCAAGCUUAAGCUCUAAAAUGGACUCUCUUUUUAUAAUGGUAUAAACAUCUUUUUAUUGUUAAUCAUAUAUGCGUGUAGAUUUAUAUUAACUCUAUCCGGUUUUAUUAAAUAAUUGCAAAUCACAAGCUGAAUAUCGAAUAAAAAAACAUAAAUUUGUAUGGUAUAUGUGUAUAUCCUGCAGCCUCCAUUUGAUCUGUUCGAUGAGCACAGUUUUGGAUUUCGAUUACUUUAUUACAAUUUUUUUUGUUUUUUAAUUUAUUGAGUAAACAAAUAAAAGCAGCCAAUGGCAAACAAAG